AUGAUAAAGGGGUUAUCCAAGAAUAUCGUUAAUUUUUUAUUAUCGUCUUUUUUUGAAAAUAUCGAAGAAAAACAAUUACAGACAUCACUAAUUAGAGGAAAAGUACAUCUUCAAAAUGUAAAAAUCAAGAAAAAGUUUUUUGACAUUCUUUACCUUCCAUAUACUAUCAAAUAUGGAUAUAUCCGCUCUCUCGACCUUCAGAUUCCUCUCCUGUAUCUGUUUCAAAAAGCGACGAUAACUAUCAAAGAUGUGAUAAUUGUUAUAAAAGAAAAAAAUUUCAACGAUUUUAACAUAGUGGAAGAAAUAAAUGGAAUAAAAAUUGCGAAAAAAAAUAAUUUAAAAAUUGAAGAAAAUAAUAGUAUCGGAGCUAAUUUAAACCAAAAAAUAAAUAAAGGAAUAAAUUCAUUAUUAUAUGAAUUGUAUAAUAAUAUAUCUAUUGAUAUAGAAAAUGUAGAAAUAAUAUUAGAAGGGUCUGAAAAAAAAAAAAAUAUUUUAGGGUUAUUUAUAAAAAGAAUAACUAGCUUUAAAAAUCAUAAUCACACAUUUAAAAUAUACAAAGAUUUUUCUUUUACUGAUAUUAUAUUUUAUAUGGAAGAUGAAAAAUCAAAAUAUUUGAUAAAUAAAAUAAUAAAAAAAGAAGAAAAACGAAAAAAAAAUAAAAAAAAAAAUAGAAAUGUAGAUGAAAUAUAUAAUAAAAUAAAAGAUAUAACAAAUAAUUUACAUAAAAAAAAAUAUAUAAUUUCUGAAAUACCAAUUAUUGUAUUGUCUACAAUAUUGUCUAUAGAAAAAUCUUCACAAUAUAUACAUCAUAAUUCAAAAUAUAUUUUUAAAAAAAAAAACAGCUUUGAUUUAGUAUGUUCACAUUGUGAUAAAUAUCUGUAUCAAUGUAAAGAAAUAAAAAAAGAAAAAGGAAUAUUUGACAAAUUUUUAAAUCAAAAUAUUCAUUUUAAUGACGAUAGUAAUAAUAAUAAAUUAAAUAAUGAAGGGUGUGCAAUAUGUGUAAAUGGCAAAAAAAAUGAUUUAGAAAAAUCAAAAAAUGACGAAUUUGCAAAAGAACUGAUGGGUCCAAAUACCAACAAUAAUGUUCCUACAAAAAAGGACGAAAAUAAAAUAGAUAAUAACAAAAAUAAAAUAGAUAAUAGCAAAAAUAAAAUAGAUAAUAACAAAAAUAAAAUAGAUAAUAACAAAAAUAAUAACAUUUGUGAAAGUUGUAAAAAAAAAAUGAACAGUGAUAAAAAUUUACAUGGGAAUGAAACAAAUCUACAUUUCAAUGCUAAGGAAAAUAAAUUGUCAAAUAUAGACAAAUUUAAUAUGUUAGAAGAAAAUAUAAAUUUUAAAGAAAAUGAAUAUAUUACAUUUAUUUUACAUGUUGAAGAGUUUAACGUAAAUUUAUCGUUUAACCAAUUAUGUUAUAUAUUUGAUAUGAUCAAUUUUUAUAUAAUCUAUAGUUGUUUUGUUAAUGGACUAUAUUUAGAGGAAUGGUUAAAUAUACCUGAGGUAAAAGAAAUUUUAAUGUAUAAAAAAGAAUUAUUAAAAAAAAGGAAAAAAGAAAAAUAUGAUAAAGAUUUUAUUGAAAAUUUUGAAUACACUCAUAGUUUUCAUAUCAUAUAUAGUUUAAGGAAGCAUGUUAAUAAUAUUUUAAAAGAAAGUAAAGCAAGUAAUAAUUCCAUAAAUAAUAAAACUAGUAUUACCAAAAAAAAUGAUGGUAAUAAUAAUAUGAAGAAUGAUACAUUUUCUUCAAAAAAUAGUGCAUCUAAUUUAGAUGUAAGUAAUGAAUUAGAUUCUAAUGAUAAAGUAAAGAAAAACGAAAAUGAACAAGAAAAAAACAAUGUUAUUCAAAAAGAACAAAAUGAUGAAAAUUUACAUAAUGUACGAAAUAUGCAAUCCAAAUCAUCCGAAAAAAUGCCUGUUAUACUUAAUUUUAAAUUAAUAUUAAAAAAAGUAAAUCUCAAUAUUUAUAGUUAUGAAAAAACAAAUAAAAUAAUACAAAUAAAUAUGAAUAACUUUGAGCUAAUAUUAAAAAAUUAUAUUAAUAAUGAUUUUGCUUAUUUUAUAUUGUUAAAUGAUAUUAACGUUUUAUUUUUGUAUAAAAAUAAAAAGUAUCCUCUUUUAAGUCUUUUUAAAACAAAUUCGAUUGGAAAUGUUAAUCGAAAAGGAAAAAAAAGAGAAUCAUUUAAUAAAAAAGGCCGAAGAAAAAGCAUAAAUUAUUUAUUCAACCCAGAUGUGUGUAAUAGUAUUUCACAAGGGAUGAUUAAUCGAAAUGAUACAAUCACAAAUGUUAGUAACAGUAGUAACGAAAUGGGGUUAGAUAAAGAUGGUGGUGGUUCUACAUCUAUAAUUGAUUCCAAAAGUGAAAAAAGUGUUUAUAGUAAAAAUAAUGUAAAAAAUAAACAAGAUAAAAAUAAGGAAAUUGAAAAAAAUAAAUUGAACGAUAAUAAAUUGGAAGAUAAUAAAUUGGAAGAUAACAAAUUGGAAGAUAAUAAAUUGGAAGAUAAUAAAUCGAAAGGUGAUAAAUUGAAUGAUAAUAAAUUGAAUGAUAAUAAAUCGAAAGGUGAUAACAAAAUUAAAAAUUCAAAUAAAGAAAAUGAACAUGCUAUGUCAUUUUUUAUUUAUAACAAGUUUGAUACAUCUCAAAAUAAAAUUUACUUUAGAUGCAAUCGAAAUAUAUUAAUUACAUUAAGUGUUAAAGAAAUAUAUAAUAUAAUGAAUAUAAAUUACGAUUUUAAAUGUCUAGAUUUUGAAAAAAAAAUAAAAACAUAUCAAAGUUUAUAUUAUUAUUAUUUAUUAGGAAAAAAAUAUUGUAGAGAAUUAUAUAUAUCAUCUGAAAAAGAUUUUGCAGAUAUUAACAUUAAUUUUAUGAAUAAUGUUUAUAUAAAUUUAAUUAUAAAUAAAAAGUAUUCAUUAUUAGCAAGUAUACAAAAUAUAUCUUUAAAUUCAUUUUUUUUUACAAAAACUAACAUUCAAGCUUAUUUAGAGAAUUUAACUAUGAUAAAUGAUAAUAAUAACAAGUUUGAAAAUGAAAAUCAAGAAAAUGCAUCUGGAUUAGAUGCGAGCAACUCAAUAAUCAUGGGUUCUACAGGAAAUAAUAAUAUGUUAUCGGGUUCUAACGAUUCAAUAGUAAAUGGUUCUAGUUCAGAAACUAGCCACAUAAAAAAUCAUAACGAAUUGAUAAAUAAUAUCAAUGAUGAUAAGAAAAGUGUAACCAAAGUAAUAAAUGAAAAUGAAUCAAAAUUAUUACUGAAUAAUUCAUAUUCAAAUAUAUAUUAUAAUGAUUCUAAAAGGGAAAAUACAUCUGUAUCUAAUUCAUAUUAUCAUAAAAUGUUAAGUUCAGAUAAUGAUAUAUGUGAUGAUAAUCAAAAAAUAAAGAUGGAAUACAAAAAAUAUUAUCAAGACUUUUUAAGAGUUAAUGAUUUAACAAAUAUAGAAAAAUCUAAAAUAUUUGAACAUAAAUAUAAUCGAAAUAGAAUCAAAAAUAAUGAAUUAAAUAAUAUGGGUUCAUCCAAUGAAAUUAAAAAUACAUAUAUUACUACAUCUAAUAAUAUAGAAAAAAAUAAAUAUGGAUAUUUAAGUAGCUCUUCAUAUAAAUCUAAAAUAUAUAGUAUAAAUUAUAAUGAUAGUAAUUAUAUUUCAAAUAGUAAUAGUAGUCAUAUUAAUGGUUAUAUGUAUGACUAUGAUAGUGAAGAAAUUCAUAAAAAAAAAAAAGAUAGAUGUAAAAAAAAGAAAAGAAAAGAAUAUAUAAAUAAUGAAAGUGAUUCUACAAAUUCAUAUAAUUAUCAAAAUAAAAAAAAAAAAAAAAAAAAAAAAAAUAUUGUUAAUAAAGAAAAUAAUAUUGAUAGUGAUGAUAAUACUAGUGAAACUCGUUCAGAAAAAGAAACUAUGCUCACAGCAAUUCAACAAAAAAGAUCAUGUUUUAAUUUAUCCAUUUUUUUUAUGAAAAAUAAAAGUAAUGAAAAGAUUCAAAAAAUGUUAUUAGAAGAAAAUUCAAAAAAUAAAAAAUAUAUUUUAAAACCUUUGAAAAUAUCUUUAGAUACAAUCAUAUAUAAUUUUAAAGAUGGAAAUGAAAAAAAACUGACUUUUAUUCACACAAAUUAUAAACAAUAUUUAUAUUUUAAUUUUGAUGAUAAACAUAUUUUUAAGUUAAUUUUUUUUUAUUAUCAUUAUAAAUUUUAUGUGGAUAAAAUAUAUGAACAAUUAUGUAAUAGAAAUAAUUCGGAUAAUUUAAAUUUAAAUACUAUUGAUUUUAGAAGCUAUAAAACAUUACAGAUAUUAUUAGACAACGGGUUGAUAAGUAAUAAAAAUGAAAACGAGAAUAAAUUUGUUUAUGAAAAUGAAAAUAAAUUUGUUUAUGAAAAUGAAAAUAAAUUUGUUUAUAAAAAUGAAGAAAAUAGAAUCACAGAAAUAGAUGAUUCAAAUAUCAUAGAUAAAGAAAUCGAAACGAAUGAAUCUUCAAAAGUUUGUGAAAAUAAAAAUGAAGAAGAUAAUAAUAUAAAUCAAAUUUAUGUUUCAACUAUAGAAAACCCUGAUAAUAUUGAAGAAAAUUCAAAUAACAAUAUAAAAUUAAAUAUAAAUAAUUCAAAUAUAGAAAAUACUGAUAUAAUUGACCUUGAAAAAUGUGACGAAAAUAAUACUACUGUUUGUAUUAACACAGAAAAUGAUAUAAUUGUAAAAAAAGAUUCUAUUAAGAUUCAAAAAAAAAAAGAAAAAAAAAAAAAAAAAAAUAAUUAUGAAAAAGUAUAUAAUAAUAAAAAUGAUAGAAAUAUUAAUAAUGAAAUAUCAAAUAGUAAUAAACAUGAAUUUAUCACAUUUUUAAGUAAAAUCAAAAUAUAUAUUAAUAAUUAUAAAAAAAAUAAACGUAUGAUAUCUAUACAUAUUUAUGAUGUUUUAAUGUAUAUUUUUAAUGAUGAUCAAAUUUCAAAAUUCGUUUUAAAUUUAAAAAAAUUUAAUGUUCUUAAUUGUUUAUCAUAUAUAGACAAUUCAAAUAAUAACAGAUAUGAUUCUAAUACAUGUGAAAAUAAUUUAGAUGUAAAAAAUGAACAAAAUUCUAAUAAUAAUCGUUAUUUUAAUAAUGAAAAAUAUUGUAGUACUAACUCUAUCAAUGGGUUCGAAAAUAAAUAUCAACAGAAUAAAACAAAUAAAAUUGAUUCUAAAUUAUAUGAUAAAAAAAAUAGUAACUAUAAUGGAAUAUAUUUAUAUAAUAGUAUAUUAAAAUUAGCUAAAAAUGGUAAUUUUAUAUUUUCUUAUGAUUAUAAAAAUACACAAAUUAAUAAAUUUAAUAAAAGUUUAACUAAUAUUGAUACUUAUAGUGUUAAUGAUAAAAAUGUUAUUUCAGAUAAUGAAAUAGAAAAUGAAGAAUCUAAUAAAAAAAUAAAUGGCUAUCAAGAAUUAUAUAAUAGUAUUUCUAUAAAUAUUUCUGAAAAUCCUCAAAAAAUUCAUUUUGAUAAUAUAAACAAAAGAUUUAAUAAAAAAAGUAUCGAUUUUAUUCAUACAAAUUAUUAUAAUAAUUUAAAUGCUGAUUAUUUUACUUUUAAUGGGCCUGAUAAAAAAGAAGUUAAUCAUGAUGAUACUCUUGAAAUAUGUCCAAGUAGUAUAGAUGCAGGAAUUAGUAGUGUAGAAAUUGGAAUCAUUCCUGUAGAUCCUCAAAAUAAAAGUAUUGAAGCUACAAACGAUAAUAUAAAUACUCCAAAUAUAGCUACUGAAAUAAGCAAUAAUAUUAUUGAAAAUGGAAAAACUAAUAUAGUUGACGUUGCAAAUUGUGGUGAGAAUGGAAAAACUAAUAUAGAUGACCUUACGAAUUUUGUUGAGAAUGUUAACACAAACAAUGAUAUAAAUAAUAAGAAUGAAAUUUGUUCGCUAGAAUGUAUAGAAGAUAUAAAUUUGGUUGGAAAUAGUAAUGAAGUUAGUUAUUUUACGGAUGAAAAUGAUAAAUUCUUAUCAAUACAAAAUACACAAAAUUCGAGUGAAAUAACUGGCGAAUUAAAUGAACGAUCUGACGAAAUUCAGAAUUGUCAAAAUGGAGGCGAAAAUAACGGACUAGAUGCAGGCGAAAAUAGCGGACUAGAUGCAGGCGAAAAUAGCGGACUAGAUGCAGGCGAAAAUAGCGGACUAGAUGCAGGCGAAAAUAAUAAAGUAGACCCAAUCGAAAAUAUUAAAGCAGACGCAAGCGGAAGUAAUAAAGUAGAUGCUCAGAAAAAGGAAGAGUCAAUGAUUUUAGAGAAAAAAAGGAAAUCCGAAUUGGAUGUGUCUACUUUUCGAAAUUUAAAAAAAGGGAAAUAUUUAGAUAAUAAUGAAAAUGAUUUUAAUAAAUAUAAUUCGUUAGAAAUUAAAGAGAAUGAUAAAAUUGAUCAAGUUGAAAAAAAUAGAGAUAGUGCACCUGAAGGUGUCGAAAACGGUGCAGAAGAUAACGGACUAAAUUUAGAAAUUGGUGCUCUUUCUAUAGAUGAAUCAGUAAGUAUACAUGGCUAUUCAAAUGGAGAAAAUUUUGAAAAUAACUAUGGAAAUGAAGAAUAUGAAGAAAUAGAAAUAAUAAAACAUAAAGAAAAUGAUGAUAUAAAAAAUAUAGCAUUUCAUUUAGUUAAUUUUGAAGUUAUUAUUGAUUAUACUUAUUUUAUAAAUGUAUAUAAAUGGUUUACUAAAUUAAAUUUAAAAUAUGAAAAAAUAAAAAAAAUUUCAGAUUUUGCUGCAUAUUCACACAAUAGUAUUAAUGAAAAAUCAGAUGAAAAUACCCCUAAAUAUAAUUACACACUUUUUUUACAAAAUAAUAAAAUAUAUAUUCCAAUUUACAAACUAUCUAUAUAUGAAUACACUUUUUAUGAAAAUGCAAAAAAUAAUUUAUACACCUCUUUUUUACCUACUAUCCAAUUUCAUUUUUCCUGUUCAUACAAAUCUAUCAAUGAAAACGAGGAAAACCUGAUGAACGCGCAGGUCCGAAAUUUCGGGAGCAAGCUAGUUGUGCCAUCAAUCCAAAUGUACAAACAUAAAAAAAGUCGAAGGUGGAAAAUUUGUAUACUGAAUUUUAAUUGUAAAGAUAAAAACAGUGAAACAAUUUUAAACGAUUUUAGAUUUCAAUUAAAUGUAAAAAGAAAAGAAAAUAAUGAAAGUUUAGAAAUAGAUGAAGAAAAUAGUAACUAUGAAGAUAUAAAUAUGGGUAAUAAUAAUUGUCAAAAAAUGAAUUCGUUAAAUACAUAUUUAAGUGAAAUGUCUAGCGAUAUAUUAGAUGAAGAAGAAGAUUCUAAUAUAAAAAAUUCUAUAAAAAGAAUAAUUCGAUUUUAUAAUGAUCCUAUAAUAAUAAAUUUUUCAAUUGAAAUCAUAAAAAAUUUGAUAAUUUGCUACAAUAAUUUUAAUUAUUUUAUAAAUUGCAUAAAUAAAAUACAAAAUCAUAUUAAUAAUUGUUCUAAAGAUGAAAAAUGUUUUCAAGAUAAUUAUAAGAAUUUGAAAGAACCUUGUGAAAAUAAUAACAUAAUUAAAGACAUACUUAAUUAUUUAUAUAAUAAAACAGAUGAUAUAUUAUUUGAAUAUUUUUUAGACGAUUUUCAUUUGAGAUUAUAUGAAGGAAAUAGUAACUUAAACAUGGCACUUAUAAAUAUUAACAUGUUUGAUAUUAAAAUAUGUUUUCAAAAAAAAUACAAUAUCAGGAAUUUUAUAAAUUUUCAUCUUAACAUAGAUGUAUAUGAUAACUAUAAAAUAUUAUAUGACAAUUUAAUAGAAAAAUUUGAAAUUCUUUUAUCUUUUGAAAACAGUAAAAAUAAAAUGAAUAUGCUUAAUUUUAACAUCGAAACAUCAUAUAUUAAUAUAUUAUAUACAAACAAAAUAAAAGAUUUAAUUAUAAAUUAUGCUACAUCAUUAUUAGAAAAAUAUAAUACUUGCAUUGAAUCAGGACAUGAUAAUAUAGAUGCAGAAAUACGAAGAAAAGAACAAUUAAUGAAUUCAAAAUUAUUAAAUUUUUAUAAUAAUUUUUUUAUUAUAAAAAAUCAAAAUAUUCCUAAAAGUGUUAUCGAAUAUAAAGAUAAUAUAUAUGAUAAUAAUAAUAAUAAUAUAAUUUCCAAAAUUUAUAAUUUUACUGGACUAACAAUAAAUUUAAGAUUUAAACAAUCUCUUAGAAGUAAAGUUCAAAAUAAUAAUGAAAAAAAAACUGGAAAUUAUAAUACAAAAAAUUAUGGAAAUAAAAAUAAAUUUAUUUUUUAUGAGUUACAUAAUAAUGGGCAUGGGGGAUUAUUAAAAGAUGAAAAUGGAAAAGUAUGUGAACUUGCAAUUAUUAUUAAAUUAUUUAAUUAUAUAUAUGAAAUAGUAGAUAUUGAAAGAAAUAAAAAUACUUGUGAUAUUAGAUUUUUACCAAUUAUAUAUGAUUUAAAAAAAAAUGAUGAAAAAAAAAAAAUUGUUAUAAAAAAAUAUGAUAAUAAUUAUGAUAUGUAUAAUGAAUAUAGUGUUAAAAACAAAAUUUUUAAAGCAUUUAUAAAAUUAUAUAUACAAACUAAUAUUGAUGAUAAAGGGAUUGUUACUAUUUAUUUUUCUUCAAACUUAUUUAUUCAUAACAUAACAAAUACCAAUUUUGUUGUGUUAUAUCAUCCCGUUAUUUAUUAUUUUUUACUCUUUAAUGAUAUAUUUAUAUAUACCUCAAAUACCAAUUUAAACAAAAAAAAUAAUUCUUUAAAAGGAACUAAAACAGUUUUGAAAUCGAACGAAAAAUAUUAUUUUCCAAUUAUAUCUUUUUUACCACUUUUAGUAAUAUAUGAUUAUAUGAAAAAAAAAAACAACGAUUUUGCAGAAAAGGUAGAUGCAGGUUUUGCAGAAAAAAUAGAUGCAGGUUUUGCAGAAAAGGUAGAUGCAGGUUUUGCAGAAAAGGUAGAUGCAGGUUUUGCAGAAAAGGUAGAUGCAGGUAUUGCAGAAAAGGUAGAUGCAGGUUUUGCAGAAAAGGUAGAUGCAGGUUUUGCAGAAAAGGUAGAUGCAGAUUUUAUAAAUGCAAAUUUAAUUAAAACAAAUGAUUCAAAAAAAUAUAAUGGAACAUAUUCAGAUGUUAACAGUUUAAGUAGGUGUAAUAAAAGUUAUUACAUUGAUUGUGAAGAGGGUGUAUUUAAACAAAAUGAAAUAGAUGAUAAUGGUGGUUAUACUAACAGUUUUAUAUGUUAUGAAAAAGGAGAUGAAAAUUUAAAAAAUAAUAAAAAAAACAGCUUAAGUAAUAACAAUAUAUAUAAUAAUAUAUCAAGAGAUAAUGUACAUAAUAAUAUUCCUAUAAAUUAUAAUAAUUUUUUAGAUGCAGAAAUAUUUUAUCAAAAAAAAAAAAAUUUAAUAAAAAAUAGACAAAAUCUCGAAAUAGAGAAUAAAAAUAAUUUACAUCAAGUUAAAGAAUCUUAUAAAUACAAAUUAAAUAAAAUUUUAAAAAAACUUAAAAUAUAUGUUAAUGAUAAAAAUAUUAAUAAUAGUAUAAAAAAUAUAAACAAUAUUUAUAUUGUAAAAAAAGAUGUUUAUAAUUAUUAUAUAAAUAAAUAUUAUAGUAAUAAAAAAUGUUAUUUAGAUAUUUUUAAUUUUUUUAAAAAAAAUGGAGCAAAAAAAUUAUUUAGCAAUUCAACUAUAAGGGAAAUCAUAUAUAGACACUCUUAUGAUUUUCAGAAAUAUAAUUUAUUUUCCCAAACUUUGAAAUUAAAAACAAUAAAAAUUAUUUGUUGUGAUUCGGCUAGUAAAUAUGGAAAUGGAAAAUAUAAAAACGAAGCUGACCUUUUUAAUUAUAAAAAUAAAAUUACGCUAAAUGAUGCUGUAGAUAAUGCUGGAAAUGGUGGUAAUGCUGAUGAUGGUGAUUGUGCUGAUAAUGGUGGAAAUGGUGGAGAAUGCGUAAAUUAUGUUAAAGAAAUAGAAUGUUAUGAAAAAAAAGAUAGCAUCGAAUUAAAACAGAUUCAAGAUUCAAAUUAUUUAAUUAAAUUUAUGACAUUAUAUGAAAAAAAUGAAAAAAAAAAUAAAAAUUAUUUUAAUAGCGCUAAAAGUAAUAUAUUGCUAAAUAAAGAUUCUAUAAAAAAAAAUGAAAGAUAUUUGGGCAAUAUUCACAGAAAUAGAAAGGGAUCAAAUUUAUCUCGAGCAAUUAAAUACUAUUGCGAAGGUUCAUCUAAUGGGGAAGAUGAUAAGGCAAGCCAGUGUCGGGAAGAAAAUCGGGGCGAAAAUGUGGAAGAAAAUGUGGGAAAAAAUGUGGGAAAAAAUGUGGAAGAAAAUGUGGACAAAAAUCGGGGGAGAAAUGGAGAGCAUAUCAUAAAUUUUGAAAGCAACGCAAGUAGUAUCUUUGGUGAUAUGCCAAACAAUGUUGUAGAUGAAGAGAAAAAAGAGAACAUAAUUUCAAAUAAGAAAGAUGUGUUAAACGAAACUGAAAAUAAAGAAAAUGAAAAUUUAAAAAAAAUAAUAUUUUCUGCCAAAAAACAAAGCAAUUUUAGUAACACUAUAAUUUGUGAACAAAAAAAUUUAGAAGUAAAUAAAAUUUAUACAUUUGGAAUUAUAAUAGAUUACAUUUUUGAGAUUCACAAUUUAAUGUUUAAUGAUAUUUCAAUUGGAUAUUAUCAAAAGUAUAAUAUAAAUAAUAUACAAAAAAAAAUAAAAAAAAUAAAAAAAGAAACAAUUAUAUCAAAAAAUAUAAAAUAUUUAGAUAAUAUACCAAAUUAUAUUAAAUUUUUUUAUAAAAUGAAUGGAAAUUCAACUAAUAAUGUCGAAAAUAAUGAAAUAAAUUAUAUUUAUCAUUUUUAUUCAAAAAAAAUAUCAAUAAAUCAAUUAAAUAAUACAAACAGUAAAUAUAUUCAAAUAAAAAUGCAUAUAGGAUGUAUUUAUGAUAAAAAAAAUGAUAUAAUUUAUAAAAAAAAAAAAUUCAAAUUAAAUUUAUUUAGAAGAAAAACAACUAUAAGUAAUAGUAUAUCAGCAUUUUCAUCAAGUUGCUCAAAAAAAUGUAUAUAUAUAUCAUCAAAAGAUUAUGAACAAAUUUGUAAAGACAUACCCCGUUUUUUUUUUCUUAAUAUAGUACUUCGUAAAAAAACUGAUUUUUGUUGUAUAGAUAAUGUUAAUAGCUUUAAAAAAAUAAUAGAUAGUAACGUUUUACAAUUAUUAUUAUAUUCUUAUUUUUAUUUUCAAAAUAAUUUAGAUAAUGAUAUUAUUAUACAAUCAAAUAUAAAUUCUCAAAAGGUAAAAAAAAAUUCAUGUAUGCUAUUUGGAGAAUUGGAAAAUACAAAAGUUGUUUUAAAAAUUUUGCAUAAUAAUAAAUUAUUUGUUUCAAAAAAAUUAAAAAUAAAUGAAGUUUGUUUAAAUAAAAAAAUAAUAUUAUCAUGUAAAAAUAAUAAAAAAAAAGAAUAUUUAUUUUUAUCUUUAAAUAUUACUAUAUAUGCUAAUAUAUAUAAUACAAAAAUCAUUGCAAUAAAUAAUCGAUACACAAUUAUAAAUAACACUAACCAUACAUUAUAUGUUCAUGAAAUUUGUAAAGAGUUUAAAAUUAUAAAAAAAGAUAAUAAAACUUUAUCUAAAAUUGAAAAAAAUGAUCCCAAAAAAAUUGUAGAAAAUAAAAUGAAUACAGAUGUAACAGAAAAAUCAAAUAUUUCAGUUUCAAAUAAAAUAUUUAAUAUAUUUGAAAUAAAACCACGUGAAUCUUAUUAUUAUCAUCCAUUACAUGCUAAUAAAUAUUAUCUUAAAUUUGCAUACACUAAUAUAAAUGAUUAUAUAAAUAAUAAAUAUAAUAUAUUAUCUAACAAUGAAAAUUAUGAAUUCAUGGAUAAAUAUCAAGAUAGUACAAAUUUAGCAUUAUAUUUAAAAAAAAAAAUUGCAAAAAAAAAAAAAAAUACAACAUAUUUAAUAAAUACAGAUAAAACUAUUAAAAAAAAAGAAGAAUCUUUUAAUCAAUUUUAUACAAAUCUUAUAGAUAUAGAAAAAAUUGGAAAUACAAAAAUAUUUCACAAAGCUCUUAUAAAAGUUAGUAACCCAUGUGAAAAUUAUAAAACUCAUGAAAAUAUCAAAAAUACCGAAAAUAUCGAAAAUACCGAAAAUAUCGAAAACACCGAAAAUAAAAAUUUGGAUAUGUAUAAUGAAACUAAAAUUGUAGAUGGAAUAAAAUAUUAUGAUCAACAUAUCAAAACUCAAAAUGAAACCAUACUCUUAUUAGAUGAAGAAAAUGAAACAGAAGAUGUUGCACUGUCAAUCAAAAAUAGCAUCGAAUCUGUCAAAAAUUUUAUUAUAAACAUGAACGAUGAUGUGGAUGCUAAAAAUGGAGAUGUGGUUGGCAAUAAUGGAAACGUGUUUGGCAAUAAUGCAGAUGUGGCUGCUAAAAAUGGAGGCGUGGCUGCUAAUAGUGGAGAUGUGCUUGGCAAUAGUGGAAACGUGUUUGGUGCGAACCAUUUUGAAAAUGUGGAAGAAAGAAAAAGGUGGUAUUAUAAAGAAGAAAAUAUUAUAUCGGAAGUUAAUAUCACAUUAAAUAGUAACACAAGUAUAGAAAUAAAUGUAUCUAUUGAUAAUAAUCCAGAUACAAUAAUUCAUAACAAUACAAAUUAUUGGUUAGUAUAUUAUCAAAGAAAAACUAAAAAAAAAAUAAUAAAUUUAUUAAAACCAUAUGAUAAAGAAAUAUUUGGAUGGACAGAUAUUUUUAAACCCAAAGUUGUUAAAUUUUUUUUAAUUUUAAAAAAAGUUGGUAUUUAUGUUUUUUAUUGUAAUGUAGAUAUUGUUAAAGAACAUAAUUGUAUAUUUUUAAAUAAUAAUAAAAAAAUUAAUAUUUUCACAAAAAUUGAAAAUGGAAAACGAGUUUUUUGUCUUGAAGAAGUUAAUCAAUUAAAUAAUUUUGCAAAUAAUAAAAGUUUUAUUAAAUUAAAUAAUGAAAAAAAAAUUAAUUUAAAAAAAAAAAAAAAAAAAAAAAUUGUAAAAAUUAAUUUUUAUAGAAAAUUUAGAUUAAAAAAAAAUAGAGAUGAUGAUAAACAAAAAUUUGUGAGAUAUAGAAAAUUUAAAAAAAAAAAAAAAAAAAAAAAUUUUUUAAAAGAUUUUAGUAUUAUUAAUAAAAACCCUUUUAAUGUUAUUUAUAUGAAAGCUAAAAAGAAAAAGCAAAAACAAAAACAAAAACAAAAAAUAAAACAAACUGAAAGAAAAAUAAAAAAUACAAAAAUCAUAACUAAUAAAUUGUCUAACACAUCAGUUAAAGAAUAUGAUACAAAUCAAAAUAACAGUUUUAUUAAGACCAAAAAUUUUGAUGAAAAAAAGUUAAAAGCAUUGUUUAUUAAAAAAACAAUAAAAGGAAAGAAAAAAAAAAAAAAAAAUAUUACCAAGUUUUUAUAUGAUAAUGAUCAAAAAAAAGAUCCACAUCCGGCUUGCCCAAAUUUGAUGCAUGCAGGCUGCUUAGAAGAUUCUAUCAAGUGCGAUUCUGUGAUUAGCAAGGUUGAAGAUGGAGAUAAUGUUGGGCUUUUGGAAAAUUGCGAACGUGUUGAGGGUUUCGACCCGAGCAGCUACUAUGUAAUAAAUAAAAAUGCGAAAAUAAAAAGAAAAUUAAGUGACUACAUAUUUAAAAAAAUAAAAAAUAAUGAAAAAAAAUUGAAAGGGCUGAAAAAAAUCUACCCAUCAUUUUUAAGAAACACUAAGAGUAUAGAGUUCAACGAAAUCAUGCAAAAAUGUUUUUCAGAUAAAGACGAAAAUGUGAUUAAUAGUGAAGAAGAUAAAAAUAAAGGUAGUAAUAAAAAUAAAGGUAGUAAUAAAAAUAAAGGUAGUGAUAAAAAUAAAGGUAGUGAUAAAAAUCAAGAUAGUGAUCAAAAUAAAAAUGGCUAUUCAGACAUAAAUUAUGAUAAUAACAAUGUUGUAAAUGUUUCAAAAAAAAAUAAUAAAAUUGAAACAAACUUUUUUACAAAUAUUCGAUUAUUAUUUAAAGGAAUAAAAGUAAAUUUAUUAGAGGAAACAUCCAAUUAUUUAAUAUCUUUUGAACUUAAUAAUUUAUUUGUAAAAAAAGAAUAUAUAGAAAAUAUAGGAUAUUACAAUGUUGAUGUUAAAAUAAAAAAUAUUUUAUCAUAUGCUAUUUAUAAAUAUCUUAGUGUCUAUGCAUUAUUAUACACAAAUGAUGAAGUUAAUUUGAAAAAAAAUAAUAUUCGCAUUUUUAUGAAUACGUUAGAAAGGAAAAGAAAUUUAUUUCUAAGAAAGGCCAAGUGCCGAAAUGAUUGCCAAACUGGUCAAAGUGGAGGUCGAACUGGUCAAAGUGGAGGUCGAACUGGUCAAAGUGGAGGUCGAACUGGCCAAAGUGGAGGUCGAACUGGCCAAAUUUCCGAUGCGUCUUCUUUAGAUUCAAACAUAUAUAUAAACGGGAACGAUUCUAUAUUUCGUGAUUAUAAAUUUGACAAAAAGAGCAAUUUUAACGAUAACUCAGGGUUUAUAAUAUGCAAUUUUCAAUAUGUACAAAAGUUUGAAACAAUUUUUUUUAAAUAUUUUUUAUUAAGCAUAAAGCCACUUGUAAUUAAUGCAGAUAUGAACACAAUCACUGUUUUAUUUUAUUUUUAUAAAACGUUUUACAAUAAUAAAAAUUUUGAAAAUGAUCAAGAAAAUAUAAAUAAAAUACAAAAAGAUGAAACUGGUGAGUCAAGUAUAUAUACAUACACACUAAAUGAGGAUAAUUUUGAAAAUAAAAAAAAUAACAAUGUUGUAGAUAAUGAUAAUAAUGAUGAUAAUAAUGAUGAUAAUAAUGAUGAUGAUUAUUAUUAUUCGGCUAAUUUGGUAAAUGGGAAUGAUGAUAAAAAAAACAAUUUAGAUAAAGAAAAAGGAAAACACAAAUUAAUAAAAGAUAAAAUAUAUCUAAAUAGCGAUACAUAUAUUAAAAAAGAAGAAUCUGUAAAAAAUAAUAAAGGUACAUCUUAUAUUUGUGAAAAAGGAGAUACUAAUAAACAUGUAUAUAUACAAUAUAUAUAUAUAGAUAAAAUAAAUAUAUUAUUAAAUUUUAAAUCAGAAUAUAAAAAAGAACUUAAUAAUAAUAAUAUUAAUGAUAUGUUUUAUGAGGAAUAUAUAAGUGUGUAUAAUAAAUUAGGAGACAUAUCAAAUUGUAAUAUAAUUUUAAAAAGCUUUUCAAAUAUUCAUAUAUUUACAUGGUCAAAUAAUUUAUUUAAUUUUUUACUAAAUUUUUACUAUAACCAAACUAUUGUAAAUAUAUCGAAUUUACUAAUUUCGUUUAACAUAAUCGGAAGCCCAACAUCUUUUAUUGCACAUGUUAAGAAAUCUUUUGUUGAAUUUUUUACAAUUAUAAAAGAUAAAGAAUAUGAAAUUGCUGAUAGUAAAAAUGAAGCAAAAACAAAAAGAGCAACACGAAAUUUAUCACAAAGAGAUAUUUUAUCAUAUAAGCUUGAUGAAGAAAUUGGAAACAAUUCAUUUGGUCAUUAUAAUCAUGGUAAUAAUUUUCCAGAUGUAGAUAUUUUUUCAAAAUUUCAAAAUAAAGAAGAUAUAUUUAAUAUAUUUAAAAAAUCAAACGAAAGCUCAUUAAUAGAUGAAAAUGAAGAUAUAAUGGUAGAUGAAAAAUAUAUUAUGCAUUUAUUAAAUGAUUAUAAUCCAUCUUGUGAAAAUAACACAAUUUAUGAAGAUAACCAUUUAAAUAGCAUUAAAAAUAGUAUUAGUUUACAAGUUGAGAAAGAAAGGGAUGCUAAAAAGGUUGCCUAUUCAGAUUAUGAUGAUGAUGGUGAUGGUGAUAAUUCGUCGGCUGUGUCUACAAUAAAUGAUGUUAAAAAAAAUGAAUGGAAUAAAACAGAAUUAGAAGAUUUAAUAAUGCAAAGUGAUAGCAUAUCUUAUUUAAAUUUUGAAAAAAAAAAAAAAAAAAAAAAAUGCACACUUGAUAAUAAAGUUCCAGCUAGCCAAACGGAAAAAAAAAACAAAGAAAAAAAAAAAAAAAAAAAUAGAAAAAAAAGUAGAAGAAAAGAAAGUAGAAGAAAAAAAAAUGUGUUAAUAUCAUUUAUAGUCCUAUUUUGGAAAAAACUAAUUUAUUUAAUUCGAAAAAUACGACGUCUUUGUUUAGGAAUAUAUGUAUUAAUUAUAAAAUUAGUUUUAUCACUUUUAUUUUCAGUAACAUUAAUAUUACAAUCAUUAAUUAAUAUAAUUGACAAAAUAAAUAAAAAUAAUUCAAAUAGAAUAUUUUUAAGAAAUAAAAAGUGUGAAAAAAAUAAACUAUUAGUAUCUAAUAAUAUUGAAGAAUAUCAUAAUUUUAAUUUAACAAAAUUGUUUUAUUAUUAUAUAAGUUUAUAUAUAAAUAUAUUUAGUUUAGUUUAUUAUAAUAUAUUAUAUAAAAUAAAAAAAAAUAAAAAAGAUAUAACAAGAGAAAAUAAUAUGAUAAAAACCAAUUUAAAAUUAAAUACAAAAAAAAGACGAAAAUUUGCAUUCAUAUUUAAUUUUUUUUUAAUUAUAUUUACUAUAAUAAAAAUAUUUAUUUUUGGACACAUUGUAUUUUUAUUAUUAUGUUUAUUAACUGUUAAUAAUAUUUUACAAACAAUACUUGAUUCAUUUAUUAAGUUAGUAUAUUAUCAGAAUACUGAAAAAUAUUUUGAUUUUUUAAAUAAAAAUAAUAUAAACCAUAUAUCUACUAUUAGUUAUAUUAAAAUAAAUAAUAUCUUAAAUAAAUAUAUUCCUUUAAAUCAAUCUUUUAAAUUAUUUUUAACUUAUCAAGAUUUUGUUGACAUAAAAACGCAAAAUAAAAUUAAUUAUUUUGUUUAUACUAAAGAGUUAUUUUUUUAUAUACAAGAAAGCAAUAUAUUAUUUCUGUUCAGAAAAAAUGAUUUAAAAAAAAUUGACGUAAUUAUACACACACUUACUAACAGUUUUACUAUCAAUCGUUUUUAUAACCGAAAGGAAAGUCGCCUUUUUAGAAAAAACGUUUCCAGGAAUGGCCACGACAUAGCGGACCACACAAUAUGUGACGGAAACAACAGCGUCACAUCUUCGUUCUACAACAAAAGUUUAACAUCAAAUGAGCAAAAUGAAAAUAAAAAUAUAAUUUAUUUUUUAAAUUCAGAAUUGGCACUUACAAAAAAAAAUGAGAUAAUAAAUUUAAAUGAUAAUGACCAAAAUUAUGUUAUAACAAUUAAUAUUACUGUUAAAAAUAAUAUGAACAUAAUGGAAAAUGUGUAUUAUAAUCCGAAUAGCUUUUUUAAAUAUCUUUCUAAAAUUGAAAAAAAUUAUAAUAAUAUUUAUUCUCCACUAUUUAAAAGCUCAAGUCAUGAUGCAAAAAAUAGUAAAGAAAAAUAUAAUAAAAAUAAAACUAACAUAGAGAGUAGAUGCACUGGCUCGAAGGGCUACGGAUUUGCCACUUUUAUUGUUCUCCUUUUGAAAUUGACGAUUGUAUUUUAUCCUAUUUACUUAUUAUUUAAAAGAAGGCAAACAAAGCAAAAUGGAGAAAUAAAAUUUAAGUCUAGAUCGAAUGAUGAAGAAAAUAAAGGAAUAAAUGACCAAGUUGAAAACGAAAAAAAAAAAAAUUUAAAAAAAAAUGUGCCAAAAUAUAUUGUCUUUAAAUUAAAUUUUGAGGAUUUCCAAUCAUGUUUGAAUAUUUUCGAAUGUUUAUGCAGAUUUGUUAAUAAUGAUUAG